CACGUAUGUAUGUAGGUACAAUACCAAUACCAGACAUGAUAGGUUGCUUAGGAGAAUUAAGACCCCUGGCCACAUGGGCUGUUCAAUGUUCAAUGUUGCCAAAAUUAUCUUUCCCAUUUCCACGAAUAACCACCUCGACCUUGCAAUCUAAAAACAUUCAUGGAUGAAUUCAUUUACAAAACUAAAGGCAUCAAACCUAACUAGACUUACAUGUUCGUUUCAGUUGCACCACUUCCAUCCUCCUAGCCACCUCGAUCUUGAUGCGAUGCGGCCACUAUCAAUACUCCUAAAUCCCCAAUAGCUUUCAAUAGUUCUCCCUAGCAAUUUCCAACCUAAUGAAUCCCUUUGACGAUGCGCAAAUCGGCGCCAUCCCUACUACAUUGCAAGACGAGCCAACCUCAAACCCAAACGUAGCAAGAAAUAGACCCAAUGGCAGCCUUCAAGUCGUCCCGACAAGCCCGAAGAAGCGGGCUAUACCCACAUCUCCCAGUACCCAGCAAGAAGAUAUCGUCACCAAAGUACUCCAGUUUCUCUCCACAGCAACUCCCAGGACCCUUGGGGCUAUUGCAAUUGGGCUUUCCGCCAUGACCUACUUUGUCCUUGGUCAGAUCGGUCUCCUGUUGAUCGGGGCUGUUGCUGGUAUCACACUGUUCGCAUCAUGGGAAUCUCGACAUCCUGAAGUGUCACGGGCAGUUCAUGGUGAAAGAGGUUAUGAUUUCUUGGGCCGUAUCUUGGACAGCACACCUAAAUCAAGUGCUAAUACCGAACAAAAUGACGAGAAUGAUUCGCAGACUUUAGCCAAGAGUUUUGAUGAUUUGCAACCAGAAACGCGGCAAGCCUUACAUGGUUUUGUUGACGCGGUCAUUCGCGACUAUGUGGAUUGGUGGUAUGGCCCUAUUGUGCCAUCUGACAAGUCCUUCCCUCUCUCAUGUAGAAAGGUACUAGUUAACUUCUUACUGACCAUCUCGAAUCGAUUGAGUCGCAAGCGACCAGCUGAUGCAUUUGUCGACUUUCUCACUCACACGUGCUCUAUCAUCAUUGUGUUUAUGUCCGAGAUGUCUUCAGCCUACUCCGAGCUUUCUUCUAAUUCGACUGCCGCGGAUGCUAUAUAUAAUUAUCUCGCCUCCAAUACGGAAGCACCAUUAUCGAAUCUGCUUGACAAAAAGCAGCAGGCGGGAAAAUUCAAGAUGGUGGCUGAAGACUUGCUUAGCUUUUUAGAAAGACCUACAUACGAUUGCGAUCCUGCCAGAGUUUUCUUGAGAGAGAUUCUCGCAACAGUUAUCCUCGAAGGUACCCUACAAACAUGCUCUAAAGCAGAAUGGAUCAACGGUUGGAUUGUGUAUCUACUUGAGUCCGGAGAGACAGACCUGUCUCAAGCGAUUGAUGACGCUAUCCAAGAUCAGAAGGUAUUCAGCGAUGUCGACGGUAAUGUCGGGAACAUUGGCCUUUCUAGAGGCAAUCGCAAUUCAUAUGAAAUGGACCGGGCACGGCGCAAAGAGGUGGUACAUAAGAAAAAACUAUCCAGGGCUGACGAGGAAAUGGAGAAGGCAAUGGAAGAAAUGAAGAGGCUCAAUCAGAUGAUUGCAGAAGCCGAUGAAAAAGCGAAAGCCGAUCCAAAUGAGAACUGCACAAAUGCUUCCCGUCUCCUUGGCAAUGCUCUAGAGAAGAAUGCCAAAGAACUUGAUUUGAAGAUUGACGAAAAGCCGAACAAGGCUUCCUUGGAAAAGCCUAAGGAGUUGAGCCCUCUUUCCGAGGCAUCGAGUGAGGCAAAAAGCCGAAACAGCGAAGAUAGAGCACAACUCGGGUCUCCUCUAUCUCCUAGAUCGCCCUUAGAUACAUCGAAUUAUAAUUCAUCGCCAUCUAAUGCAUCGGAACGACGAUCUACCCGUUUUACAAGCUUUGAUCAACUGGUCCCACCAGCUAAAGAAGAAACCGAGGAGGAUGAGUCUCGCAACCCUCCACCCCUUACAUUACACAACGCCACUAUUACCAUUCACGAUGAUGUGGGAAACGACAAGGGCCGGCUGCGUGGGAAGCCUUCUUGGGAGUAUCUCCUUCAAAUUGAACCUGCGACGUCUCAGUAUCCUGGGUGGAUGGUAAUGAAGACUUAUCCACAAUUUGAGAGUCUCCACGAGAGCUUGCGGCGAAUUGCUACUAUAUCGGGGUCAACGGCAUUUUUGGAGGCCUUCGCUAUCUUUCCAAGCUGGAAAGUGCACACAAGAUCUUCAUUGCGCGGUGAAAUUGAAAGGUAUAUGCGAACAGCUUGUACCGAGAAGCCUCUAGCCGAAUCUGAAGUUUUCAAGCGUUUCCUUGACAAGAGCCAGGAGACUCGAAUGGAUAACAAUAAAGGUUUCUCUUUCGAGUCCGUAGGUAAAGGCGUGUUGGGCGUCCUUCAGAAUGCACCGAAAGGUGCUUUUGACGGUGGCAAGGUGGUUGUAGGCGGAGUCACUGGCGUUUUCGGUAACAUCGGGCUCGGUAGAAAGUCGACCAACUCUUCCUUAAACGACCUCCAGACCAAAGAGGCCAAUGUCAAUCCAAGUCCCAGCAGUGCUAGACCAUUGUCAAUGCCGGCCUUACCAAGGAUGGAUAGUGCCUCGUCAGUAAAUGGAUCGGGCAUGUCUAGGGAUAGUCUUGACAGCCAGAGAUCAUCUGUGAUUUCGGUACAGCCAGGGAAAAUGGCCCCUAUGGAACGGCGCUUCAGCACACAAGUAGAUGCAGACCAGGACAGCCUUCACCCUGCAAGAGCUGAUCGUUGGGAACGGGCUUCGGCAAGCGGAACAAGCAGUAAAGUGCACAGCCGCGCCUCGAGCACAGCGGCCCUACGCUCUCCUAUACGAUCUCCCUCCGAAUUGAGCUUCACUAACAUCAAACUACCGCCGCCACCAGACGAGAUCUCGGACGAUUAUGGUUCUCCAGUGAGCACUCGUCUUAGUGUCGACGGGAAUGCACGGGCUAUAUCUGCUCUGAAUGGUACACCACCAAUCCGUUCAAGCCAAGGAGAUAAGUCACCACAGGCAAGUGGGGCCGUAAAGCGGCCAAGCAGACAAUACGCACCGCUCUCAGAACAAGAGACUCGUGUGGCUGUCGAACUCCUUUUUGCCGUAAUUAACGAGCUCUACACCCUGUCUUCAGCUUGGAAUAUCCGGAGGACACUUUUAACGGCGGCAAAGACAUUCCUCCUUCGCCCGGGCAACCCAUCACUUAUUUCUAUCCAGUCUUUAGUUCAGGAUUCGGUUCUCGAGGCGAACACGUCAGAUUCCGGUAUAGCUUCACACCUACGAAAGCUCCGGGAGAACACUCUGCCUACUGAGGAGGAACGUAAAGGCUGGCCAAAAGAAUUGACGUCGGAAGAAAAGGAGGAGCUGAGGGUGAAGGCAAGGAAAUUGUUCAUACAGAGCGGCGUUCCUACUGCAUUGAUGGGCAUCAUGGGACAAUCAGCCACGAGUGAAGCACUGGGUCGAAUCUUCGACUGCCUCCAGAUCGAAGAAGUUGCCAGGGGACUAUUCUUCGGAGUCAUGUUGCAGGCGGCCCGUGUGAUUACCCACUAGGUCACAAGGUAUUAGAUCCUAUAUCCUUCCGAGAGUUUUCCAAAGGGCUUAGCGCAUACAUAAUGAAAUCAGGGAACGAAAAGUAUCGGAAACGAAUAGUGGAAAUUAUGAGCCCUUUCAGACGCAUUUCUAUUAUUGCGAAAGUCGGCGCAUAUGAUGGUUGUUAUAGCGAAUCGGUGUAUAUCAAUAUUGAUAUGUCCUGGUGUACUACCACCACGACAUUUUGAAGGGGCAGUGGUGAUAUUCGAAGGAAGAUUUUCAGGGGUUUUAUGAACUAUACGCAAAGUUUACAAAGAUAAUAAUGAAGAGACGAAAUCUACAUACAUACAUACCAUACACAUACAUAGUACAAGUAGGUUGGCUAAAACUAUAUAAUCCACCAAUGAACGGUUUGUUUUACAUAGUAAUAUCUAUUCUAAUAUCAUCUACC